AUGGAGGCCAAAUAUUGUACUACAUGCAUGAAGAAAAAGCCUGGCAGCCAAUUUCUGGGCAAAGAGGGAGUGCUAAAGACGUGCGAGUACUGCCUUCAAGCUCGCAAGGCUCUUCGUGCCAUUCGUCGUCUCGAGCGCGAAGCAUCGCGCCAGCAACAAGGACGCCAUAACCACCUCUCCAACUACCAGCCAAUCUACCCCGGCAGCGACGUUUUUGCCAUUGCCGAUGUUAUCAAGACACCCUCCGAGCCCACGGAGACGCACAGGAAGGGAGAGAAAAACAAUGUGCCAAUCAAGGCAUCUACACAGCCUACGUCGUUGGGCUCUUGGGGGUCAAUCGCGGCUGUAGCAGCGGGGGAGAAUGCAGACCACUUUGUUGCGACCAAUGCCGAUGCUCGGCCAGACGAGACCACCUGGUGUGAACGCUGGCGCUCAUGGGAUCGGCAGGAAAAGGAGAAACCGGCAUGGUGA